AUUGAUGUUUUGGUUAUGUUUCAGGAUGCAGAGAGAAGCGCACACCCUGUUUCAUCUGAGGCUGUGUCCUCCAGCACCGGCGAUACAGUGCCAGAACAACAGUUCCUAGACCAGUCCCCCAGCAGCCAGGUACAGGUUCCAGAUCUGUCUGAGGCAGAGGUUCAGUCCUCUGCAGCAGAGGCGGAGUUCCCAGCUCAGUCAUUAACCAUCCAGGAGGCAGAGGUCCAGCAGACUCCAGAUCAGUCAGACUCCACUCCAACACAGUCUCAAACUGCGGUCUCCAGCAGCGGGGAGCAGGCUCAAACUUCAAACCCUUCAGCAAAACCUGUUGCUAGUGCCCCAGCUUUAGUGACUGCCUCAUUUGGAUUUGGUGCACAGUUUGUCAAAAAGCCAGGGCAGUGGGAGUGUGACGCAUGUCUUGUUAGAAAUGAGGGGUCUGCAAGCAGUUGUGUUUCUUGUCAAACUCCAAACCCUGCAGCCAGCAGUGGUAAGCAGGCUCCAGAUCAGUCAGACUCUACUCCUGCAGCUACCAGCAGCAGCCCUAUAGACCUGUCUACCAAGAAGACCUCGGAGCCGGACUCCACAUCGACAUUUACGACAACCAUUACUCAGGAUGCUCCAAACUCAUUUGGCUCCUUGGGCUUCAGUGAUCUGGGAGGGGAAGGGAUCUCCUUCGCUGAUCUGGCACAGAACACCGGGGGUGAAUUCGCCUUCGGAAAACAAGAUUCUAACUUCUCGUGGGCGAAUGCCGGGGCUACGUUGUUUGGAGCUGCAGCCCCACCCAAAGCUGAAGGAGGGGAGGAGAGGAGUCAUGAAGAGGACGCUAAUAAUGUGGAAAUUCACUUUGAUCCCAUAGUCACCCUACCAGAGGUGGAGACUAAGUCAGGGGAGGAGGAUGAGGAGAUCCUGUUUAAGGAGCGUACCAAGCUGUACCGCUGGGAGAGAGACCUGGGCCAGUGGAAGGAGAGGGGUGUGGGAGACAUCAAGAUCCUCUUCCACCCCGAUAAGAGGUUCUACCGGGUGCUGAUGAGGAGGGAGCAGGUGCUGAAGGUGUGUGCCAAUCACACCAUCUGCCAGAGCAUGGAGCUCAAACCCAUGAACACCUCCAACCAAGCCCUCGUCUGGACCGCUACCGACUUUGCAGAGGGUGAGGGUAAGGUGGAGCAGUUGGCAGCCAAGUUCAAGACAGCAGAGCUGGCUGAGUGUUUCAGGAAGACCUUCUGUGAGUGUCAGAGCCGUAUGAGCCCAUCAGAGGCCUCGGCCCUCUCCCCCCAGAUGUCCAGGGUCCAGGAACAUUCCAGAGACGCCAACCCCCAGGUGUACCUCUCCAUCUCCGCUGACGACGAGCCGCUGGGAAUGGUCACCAUAGAACUGUUCUCUCACAUUGUCCCCAAGACGGCUGAGAACUUCAGAGCGCUGUGUACAGGACAGAAAGGCUUCGGGCUGCGCAACUCUGUCUUUCACAGGAUCAUACCGGACUUCAUGUGUCAGGGUGGCGACCUCACCAACCAGGACGGGACAGGAGGGAAGUCCAUCUACGGGAACAAGUUUGAGGACGAAAACUUUGAUGUGCGCCACACGGGUCCGGGGCUGCUGUCCAUGGCCAACCAUGGCCGAGACACCAACAACUCCCAGUUCUUCAUCACAUUGAAGAAGGCUGAGCACCUGGACUUUAAACACGUGGCCUUUGGCUUCGUCAGAGAGGGCAUGGAUGUGGUCCGCAGAAUGGGAGAGCUGGGCACCAAGACUGGCAAACCCAGCAAGAAGAUUGUCAUCACCGAAUGUGGACAACUGUAGAGCUUGAGCUUUGGUCACUGACUGGACAACUCCACUGUAGGGCUGAACAUGUAGUCACUGACUGGAUGGCAAUGGGCCUUCACUCUGGUCAUGGACUGGGGAGUUAUAGCAUUUCAAACUGAGCACAAUUAUAGUAGGCAGAUAUCAAAUGAUACCCUAUUCCCCAUAUAGUGCACUCCACUUGGGGCUCAGCUUAAAAAGAGUGCACUGGUAGCCCAAUAUGGGGAGAAUAGGCUUUAAUUUAAGACCGGCCCAGUGUCUCCUUCUGAUGAGUGUUGCACUUUCUCCCUGCCGCAUCCUGAGGGUUGCAUGUCCCAGUGUGAAUCCCCAGACUCUUUGUGUGUGUAUAAUGUACAUGGACUACAUUUAGUCUUUUUUGUGCAUGUGUUCCAAUAAGAGUUGACAGCGCUGGUUCCUUCAUAAGCUCCCUAACCCAAUUUGUUUUGUGUAAUUGUCUUAAGAUUAUUGCAACCUUUUUUUAAAACCAACCAAUGUUCGUUUGGUACUGUGUUCCUCUUGCUGCCUGUGUAUACUUUUUUAGGUGUGUUUUUUUGUUGUGUGUAGGCUAUACAUUGAUUUCAUAAUGUGCAAAUUGAGACUCUACACCUGUUUUAAACUAAAAGGUAGGAAUAUGAAGUCUGACAAUUUGGGAGAGGUGACAUACUAAAUAUAUUUUAUGGUCGGGUCACAAUUGGGGUUAACAAUUCUUAUUGUCAAUAAAUAAAUACAGGAUGCUGGAGACUGUCUUUAAAAAUAAAGUUGCUUUAUAACUGAA